CUUAUAUCAAUGAGGCAUUCCGCCAUGCAUCCACCAAGAACUGGUACAGCAUCCCAAAAUCCGUCGCGCAUGCGAAGGCGCAGCACUGUGCGGACAGCUGCUACCGGUGCCACUGGUGCUUCACAAGUUUCUAGCUGCAGCGCCGUCAAGGUGCUACACGUGAUCCGGCAUGGAGCCACGGAGAUGGCAGCUUACAUGGCGCUGCACAAGUACGGCAGUCCGCACCAGGAGCCGCUGCGCGACCCACUGCUGUACGACACGGUCCUGUCACGUGAGGGGCUGCGGCGGGUGGAGGCGCUGGGGCCGGCGGUAGCGGCGCUGCGCCCGCAGCCAGAGGCAGUACUCGUGUCGCCGCUCACAAGAUGCCUACAGACGGCCGUGAUCGUCACGUCGGGGCUACAGAGAGGCCUCAGAGUGGAGGCGGAGCCGCUGCUGCGAGAGCGUGUGACGCUGUCAUCAGAGAUCGGGAGAGCGCCAUCCGAGCUGACCAAUGACUUCCCGGAGGUGGCCUUCCCUACUGACAUGGAUGACGUGUGGUGGUACACCGGUGGUGCCACGGACCCCAAAGCCAUCGUGAAGGAGCCGCAGGAGGUGUACGAGCGGCGGUUAGCGGAGCUCCGGCGGCGGCUAGCGGCCCGACCGGAGCGCUGCUUGUUGCUGGUGUCGCACUGGGGCGUGCUACACGCGCUGGCGGGGAGAGACCUGCAGCCGGGCGAGGUGGCGACCGUGGAGGUGGACCUGAGCGGCGGGGAGCACUUACACGGCAGUGACACGCGGCUGAGGCGCUCGUGAAGUUUUAAUGGGGCGUGUGUUGGGCCAGGCGAACUGGGCAGGAGGGUGACAGUAUGACAGACAUGACACGCGGCAAUUACCCAGGCUUGGAACCGCGGAGGAAUGCAAGGGCAGUAGCGACUAGCAAGAGAUGAGCUGGUUGCGUCGAGGCCUUACUGUUGUUACAGACUCAGGGCUAUGUUCAGCACGUCGUCUGAGGCACAUCAUGAGUUUAAGACGGAGCCACUUCACGUGUGCAUGUGUGCGGUCUGCUCACUCUGCUGUUAGUUGCAAACGCGCCUGGCCAAGGCCGCUAAAACGCUGCAUGCGUGGGGGGCUGUGGCCCAGCGCGGGCCUCACGCUGACUGCGGGGGCAUCGCGCCCGAACGGUGGCCCUGGCUAGGCUCAGUGCGAA